GAAUUAAAAUUACAAGUAAACGAAUUGAAAAUACAUAAAUGCAAAAUAGGACCAUUGACUGCUUUUUAUGACAUCGCUAUGUUAAAUAAAUCACUUCGUUGCAAGAAAUAGCAAUUAGUUGUUAUUGAAAGAAGUGUAAUUUGUAACUACUUUUAAAUUAAUCACAUUUCCGGUGAGAUACAUACUUACUUACUUACUUAGUUGAAAACACAUUUGAGACAAAAAGAAUUUCCUUUCAUUGUACAUACAAACAUACAAAUAUUUUGCUUUAUUUCUCUGUGCUUCAUACUUUUAUCUUUUUUCACUUCCAUCACGCUGGCCAUAAUACUCUGUUGCUAAGGAAACACGCUGAAGUUUUCAAACAAAAACAACUUGCACCAGGGUUCUUGUUUUAUAAUUAAAGGAUUUGCGUUUGAAUUAACAAAUAUGGACGAUUUAACGGAUUGCUCCUCGGAAAUCAUUGAGUUUUUGCCAACAAAGCAAUUGGAAAAACAAAGUAAAGUCGUCGAAGCAUGUGUUAACACAGAUCCUGAACCGCCAAGUCAGGAUAAAUCAGAGGAGACUACGCCACAUGCUAAUACCAGCACUCAAACGGAGCUCUUUACUUCGCAGAAUUGUGAAGUUGAUGAGAGGAAGCUUGCCAAUUGGUUACGCAAGAUUUGCCCAGCCGUUGAGCAACAACUUCUCAAGGGACCUACACCCCUCAGUGAUGGCUACGAUAGUACUAACUCCUUUGCUGAACAGUAUAACAUACAAACAUAUCAAAAGAUCGCCAUGGGUGCAGUGGAAAACUCACAAGGAAUUGCCGCUUGGUUAUCGGUGCACACCAAUAAUGCACCCAUAUUGGUAGCUAGCACCAAGGCACCACACGAUGACUGGUGCGACCAUCUUCAGCAGACACUGAAACUUUUCGUGCCAAAACGCAUACCAACCGGAAACUUAGUUAUGUACAAUGAAGUGAAAAGUGUGCCGCUGAAGUCAUGCCUGAACUGCUUCAGUACGAAUGGUUAUAAUAAGAAUAUAUUUGCUGGUUCUACAAUGGAUGGCGACAUAUAUAUAUGGCUGUGUAGUUCAGGUGGUCGAGGUGAUGGUAACAAUUUAAGAUCCAACACAGCUGGGGCACAUGAAAUUGAAGAACUCUGUUGUACGACAUCGCCACACGGCUGCGCUGUAGCAUUGAAUUGGCCAAGUGAAAAUCGGCUGCUCAGCUUUCACUCAAAUGGCACAAUCAUCUGUUGGGCUGUGGGCAAAGAAUUGCUUUUGGAAAAUGAAUUCCAGCUGCGUCCUCAGCCAAAUGCCUCAAACGAGAUCACAGCAGCAGUUUGCUUGAGUUCAAAUACUUUCGCGGUCGGCGUCAAAGAUGGCUCCAUAUUUUUAUGUACGAUUACCAGUUUCGGCGGAGUCAGAAAACAGAUGGAAAUAUUACCUUUGAAAAAACAUUCAUUUAUGGUAUCAACUUUAUUAAAAUCUUGUAUAAACGACUAUCCUACUAUAAUAAGUUGUGAUUUAAGCGGUCAAGUUUACUAUCACAGCAUAACUAAUAUGGAAGAGGAAAAUCAAAAUGUUAUACAUAUACCGCUACCUUUCAAAAACGCUAUCGCCUGUUCAAAAGAUGGAAAUGUUGUCUACUGUCCAGGAAUUGACGGAUCUUUGGAGUGUUACAGCGUGCGCGAUGGGGCCCAUAACAUUAUUCAAGGUUCUUUGCGUGGCAAAGGGAAUUGCAUCGCAUCCAGUGACAAUGGAAACUGGAUUAUUACUGGACUUUACCAAGACGAUUUUCAGAUAUUUUACAUAGAGAACUGAGUAAAUGUGAGGAUUAGGUACAGAAUAUAAUUUUAUAAGAUAUGCAC